AUGGCCACUGCAGCCACGCAGAACCCUCCCCGCGAGCGGAAGCCCUCAAUGGGUGCUCCAAUCUCCUCGCUGAUGCAAGGACCGGUUGGACCAGGCUAUACUCGUCCGAAGCAUAAGCGUACCUUCACUGGCUUCGGUGCAGGUGAUAUCAAGAGCGUCGAGGCAAGCAUUCCAGAGCCUCAGAGAGAGGCAUGGAGAAAAUUUUCUGCCUCAGGAUUCAAAACAAAGGAGGAGUUCGAGAAAGAAUUUGUGAAACAUGUGGAAACGACACUUGCCAGGUCUUUAUUCAAUUGCGAUGAAUUGGCUGCUUAUUCUGGCACUGCCCUUGCUUUCCGCGAUCGAUUGGUGAUCGAGUGGAACAAGACCCAACAACGCCAGACUUUUGCAGACCAGAAGAGAGUUUACUAUUUAUCCCUUGAGUUUCUCAUGGGCCGUGCGCUUGAUAAUGCUAUGCUCAACGUUGGCUUGAAGGACGUUGCAAAAGAGGGUCUAGGUGAUCUUGGCUUCCGGAUCGAAGACGUGAUCAGCCAGGAACACGAUGCUGCUUUGGGAAAUGGCGGUCUUGGACGUCUGGCCGCAUGUUUCCUUGACAGCAUGGCUUCCCUCAACUACCCUGCCUGGGGCUACGGAUUGCGAUAUCGAUACGGAAUCUUCAAGCAAGAGAUCGAGGACGGGUAUCAGGUCGAAAUUCCAGAUUACUGGCUCGACUUCAAUCCUUGGGAGUUUCCGCGACACGAUGUCACUGUUGAUAUUCAAUUCUACGGCUGGGUAAGGAAAUACACUGAUGACAAUGGCAAGAACGUGUCAUCAUGGGAAGGAGGAGAGAUAGUCCAGGCAGUGGCAUACGACGUGCCAAUUCCAGGCUAUCGCACACCCACAACAAACAACCUCAGGCUUUGGUCCAGCAAGGCCGCUAGCGGCGAAUUCGACUUCUCCAAGUUCAACGCUGGUGAGUACGAGAGUGCCGUUGGUGAUCAACAGCGAGCCGAGACCAUCUCCGCUGUGCUUUACCCCAAUGACAACCUCGACCGUGGCAAGGAGCUCCGUCUGAAACAGCAAUACUUCUGGUGUGCAGCUUCCUUGUACGAUAUUGUCCGACGCUUUAAGAAAACGAAGCGAGCUUGGUCGUCCUUCUCAGACCAGGUUGCAAUUCAAUUGAACGAUACUCACCCAACACUAGCUAUUGUCGAGUUGCAACGCAUCCUUGUCGACAUUGAAGGCCUUGACUGGGAAGACGCUUGGAACAUUGUCACAAACACCUUUGGAUACACCAAUCAUACCGUGCUGCCGGAAGCGCUGGAGAAAUGGUCUGUUCCUUUGUUCCAGAAUCUUCUUCCUCGUCACCUUCAAAUCAUCUACGAUAUCAACCUAUUCUUCCUCCAGUCCGUCGAGCGAAAAUUCCCCAAGGAUCGAGAAAUGCUGUCUCGGGUGUCCAUCAUUGAGGAGUCUCAACCAAAGAUGAUAAGAAUGGCUUACCUUGCCAUUGUUGGCUCCCACAAGGUGAAUGGUGUAGCUGAGCUCCACUCUGAUCUUAUCAAGACUACCAUAUUCAAGGACUUUGUCCAAAUAUACGGACCGGAUAAGUUCACCAAUGUCACCAAUGGUAUCACACCUCGAAGGUGGCUCCACCAGGCGAACCCGCGUCUUUCGGAGCUGAUUGCCUCCAAGCUAGGUGGCUACGACUUCUUGAAAGACCUGACUCUCCUCAACAAGCUCGAACACUUUAUUGACGAUAAAGACUUCAAGAAGGAAUGGGCCGAGAUCAAGUAUGCAAACAAAGUCCGCCUUGCUCAGCACAUCCAGAAAACUACCAGCGUCAGCGUCAAUCCCAAAGCGCUCUUCGAUGUUCAAGUCAAGCGUAUCCACGAGUACAAGAGGCAACAGCUGAACAUCUUUGGCGUCAUCCACCGCUAUCUAGCCAUCAAAUCGAUGUCCGCCGAGGAGAGAAAGAAGCUGACUCCAAGAGUCUCCAUCUUCGGGGGCAAGGCUGCCCCAGGGUACUGGAUGGCCAAGACCAUCAUCCAUCUUAUCAACAAAGUUGGUGAGGUCGUCAACAAGGAUAAAGACGUGGGUGAUCUGCUCAAGGUCAUCUUCUUGGAAGAUUACAAUGUCAGCAAAGCAGAGAUCAUCUGCCCUGCAUCAGACAUCAGUGAGCACAUCUCCACAGCAGGUACCGAGGCUAGUGGCACGAGCAACAUGAAAUUCGUGCUCAACGGUGGUCUCAUCAUCGGCACCUGCGAUGGCGCCAACAUCGAAAUAACACGCGAAACCGGCGAUCAAAACAUCUUCCUCUUCGGCAACCUAGCUGAAGAUGUUGAAGACCUGCGCCACGCCCACUACUACGGCAAACACGAGCUCGAUCCCGAGUUGAAGAAAGUGUUCGAGGUUAUCAACCAGGGCAUGUUUGGGGACCAGUCCGCGUUCUCUUCGCUCGUCAACGCCAUUGUCGAGCACGGGGAUUACUAUCUGGUGUCGGACGAUUUCAGGUCUUAUUGCGAGACACAGGAUCUGAUUGAUGAGACGUUCAAAGAUCAAGAUGGCUGGAUCAGUAAAUGCAUCACCAGCGUUGCGAGGAUGGGUUUCUUUAGCAGUGAUCGAUGCAUCCAGGAGUACGCGGAGAGCAUCUGGAAUAUUGAGCCGUUGGAUGUGGAGAAAUAG